UCUCCUCUGUGCAACAGAUGUGUACAUUGAUCAUGUCCCAAGAUACACUGGAGAAAGAAAGUCUUUAUAUUAUUUCAUGUAGUUCUGAAUUUAAAGCCCACGUGCUUAUGUUUGGUUUAUUAUCAUGCUCGCUCAAAUAAAAUAUAUUACUUCCACUGAUGUGCUGAGCUAUGCUCAAUUUCAGUUUUCUCCGGUUUUGACUUCUCAAAAACAGUGACUCGCACAUGAGUGAAGCAACAUUUUUUAGAGUAUACAGGUGAAACUAAAAAAAAUAGAAUAUGGUGCAAAAGUAUUUUAGACACUGUUCACUACUGAAUGGUUAUCGGGUAAUUAGGACAAACCAGGUUAUGUUUAUGUGAACACUAAAUACUUCUGAGUUAAAAACAACCCAAUUAGAACUAUUUUGUAAAGUUAGAGCAGGGUCAACUUUGGACUGAACCAAUUCAUGUCUGUCUUAACCUUGCAAGGUUGGUUAAUUAAUUUUAUUUUUAACCUUUAUUUAACCAGAUUAGUCGAUUGAGAACUGAUUCUCAUUUACGACGACAAUCUGGCCGAGAGAGCAGCAACAGACACGUACUUAGCUUUACAUUAAAAAACAACAGAGAGACGAGAUAAAAACAGACAUAAAGACAAAGGACUAGUCUCAUAUACAAUAUGUACACGCAAUGUAAGGCAAGGAGGACUUCUAUCCAGGGACUGGAAACAUUUUUUACUAAUGUCUAAAGAUGAGGCAAAAACUGAGUUGCAAACAACACAAUGUGGGUAAUUUAUUACUCUAGAAAAAUGAUGGGGUUAAAUUAAUCAUUUUCAAUAAAAUUCUGCAUUAAAAUGUGUUUUAUCUGAGUUAAGAAAAUCUUCAGUUUCAGAUGAAUCCCCAAAUUUCAAGUUAAUAAACAAUCUUUAAUUUUAACCCACUCACUCAAAAGUCAUUUGACCCAAAUAUUGUGCCUAACCAGACCAUCUGAGUGUAUAGUUGCACUCACAUGGUUCCUGCCUCAACUUAGCAAGCUCACAUUAACCCUUAAAAGGCAGAAAAACACAAACACUAAAGCGACAUCUAGUGUGUGGAGGUUGUAGUUGCAACAACAGAACAAGGUUUCCAGCCGUCAGAGUGCCAGGUUCGCUGCCAGUACGUGCAUUUUUUAUUUUAUUUGGGUCCAUCUGUUGUAAACUUCACCUAAACUUACUCUGGUUUUAGAUAUUUUAUGGUCGCUCAUUUUCUGAGAAGGAUAACAACAUCUGGGCUCAGAAGCAACUGCUUGAAUUGCAACGUCCGCCAUUUUCCACAGUGCCAGCCUUGGUGUGGUAUGCAGACUGUUUGGCAACCCUCAGUGGUGCCCUCUAUUGGCUGGUAGAUGUAAACAUAAACCCAGUGUUGUAUACAGUCAGAUGCAAACGUUUGGGCAGCCUUUUUAAUCAUGAUUUUCCUGUAUAAAUUGUUGGUAGUUACGAUACAAUAUUUAAGUUAAAUAUAUCAUAUAGCAGACACACACAGUGAUAUUUGUGAGGUGAAACAAAGUUUAUUUACAGAAAGUGUGCAAUAAUUGUUUAAGCAAAAUUAGGCAGGUGCAUAAUUUUAGGCAUUGUUGUCAUUUUAUUGAUUCCAAAACCUUCAGAACUAAUUAUUGGAGCUUUAAAUUGGUUUGGUAAGCUCAGUGACCCUUGACCUCCACACACAGGUGAAUCCAAUUAUGAGAAAGAGUAUUUAACGGGUCAAUUUGAAGUUUCCCUCCUCUUUGAAUAUUCUCUGAAGAGCAGCAACAUGGGGGUCUCAAAACAACUCUCACAUGAGCUGAAAACAAAGAUUGGUCACCAUCAUGGUUUAUGGGAAGGAUACAAAAAGCUGUCUCAGAGGUUUCAGCUGUCUGUUUCCACAGUUAGGAACAUAUUGGGGAAAUGGAAGACCACAGAAACAGUUCAAGUUAAGGCUGGAAGUGACAGACCAAGAAAAAUCUCAGAUAAACAAGAGAAGAAUGAUGAGAACAGUCAGAGUCAACCCACAGACCAGCACCAAAGACCUACAACAUCAUCUUACUUCAGAGGGACUCACUCUGCAUCGUUCAAACUAUUCGGUGCACUUUACACAAGGAGAUGCUGUAUGUGAGAGUGAUGCAGACGAAGCCUUUUCUCCACCCACAGCACAAACAGAGCAGCUUGAGGUUUGCUAAAACACAUCUGGGCAAGCCAGCUUCAUGUUGGUAUAAGGUGCUGUGGACUGAUGAAACUAAAACUGAGUUAUUUGGGCAUAACAAGGGACGUUAUGCAUGGAGGAACAAGAACACAGCAUUCCAGGAAAAACAUAUGCUACCUGCAGUAAAACAUGGUGGUGGUUCCAUCAUGCUGUGGGGUGUGUGGUCAGUGCAGGGACUGGGAAUCUUGUUAAAGUUGAGGGAUGCAUGGAUUCCUCUCAAUAUCAGCAGAUUCUGGAGACCAAUGUCCAGGAAUCAGUGACAAAGCUGAAGCUGUACCGGGGAUGGAUCUUUCAACAAGACAACAAGCCUAAACACUGCUCAACAUCUACUAAGGCACUCAUGCAGAGGAACACGUAGAACAUUCUGGAAUGGUCAUCUCGGUCCCCAGACCUGAAUAUUAUUGAAGAUCUGUGGUGUGAGUUAGAGAGCUGUCCAUGCUCAGAAGCAUCAAACCUGAAUGAAAUAGAGAUGUUUAGUAAAGAAGAGUGGUUUGAGUGUGUGCAGUUUUCAGAGAUUUGCAGUAUUAUUUUUACAUUAUGUGGUACUGUUUACCAUGCAGGUACAGCGAGACUGAGUUGUGGUUUAACAUUCUGGUCUAGGAUCUUAACACACUGCGUGCACAAGUGCAAAGCUUCUCUCUUCCGUUUUUGUCUUUAGUUUUCUGAUUCAUCCUGCAUUCAGCACAGGAAGCUCUCGACAGGAAGAUGCUGCAGCAUGAAACCGUGUCUUCAUCAGCAGAUCCAACCACAUUAUGAUUCGAGCUGCUGCUGCUCUCAACACAAGUAGAAUUUACUCGCUGAUUGUCUACUCAAAACUUUGCUUUGUGAGCUGUCAUAAGAGACUUCUGGAAUGUGGAUAUUUUUUUUAUUUUUCCGACAUUUUCAGGACCUCUUCAAGAAACUGGGUUGAAAUCGCUCCUCAUGUUCUCAUGGACAGGAAGGAACAUUACGAUUCUCUCAUGGAUCGGAGGAAGCGUAUAAUGUGGCAGGACGACUGCUACAUGGAUCUACAGUCCACGUCCCUCUCUGCCUCAUCACAAACACAAACAGAAGAUCUUCACUGGCUCCAAAAUCAUCAAGACCAGCUGCAGAGGUUUAUUUCACCUUCCUUCCUGGAGCAGAUAUUAGACCAUCUCAGAAAGGUGGGAGUCUUGACUUCAGCUGAGGAGACCAACAUCAAGGAAGCAGGAAAGCUACAAGAGCAGGUCAGCAGGCUCACCACUGUUGUCACUGCCAAGGAGCGUCAAAGCUCCGAUGCUCUUCAGCUGUUCAUAGAGGGCUCCGAUUCUCCGGUGGCUUGGCUCAUCAAAAACCACGGUACCAUGGUGGAGAAGCAUAAAGAAGUGCUCUUGCAGCUACUUGAAAAGCACAGAGACAGAGAUUCAUUCAGCUGCCCCAAACUGGACACCUCCUCGAGAGUCUUACUGCUGGUUGACGGACUUUCUGACUUACAACAAAAGGAACACGACCUGAUGCAGGUUGGAGUGACUCGAGGUGGGAAGAGAAAUCAUCUGAGGCAGCUGGGACUGGAGAAGCUCUUUGAGCCUCUGACGCGAGUCAGUGUUCCUCCAAGGGUCUCCCUCACAGUUGGAGUGGCUGGUAUGGGCAAGACAAUGUGGGUACGGCAUUUCAUCAGACAGUGGAGCCAAGGGGCCAUCUGCACAGACAUACACUUCAUCUUACCUUUCACCUUGUGUGAGCUGAACUCGCUGGACAAACUUUCUGUUGAGAGGCUUCUGAAACAGUCUUUUCCUCAUUUGGCCGACCCCAGUUUAGUUCUGAGUGGCGCCUGCAGAACGCUGCUCAUACUUGAUGGUUUGGAUGAAUUUCGCAGCACUUUAAACUUCUCAGAUGCAGCUCCUUGCAAUGACCCAAAGAAGGAAAUCCCCAUUGAUGACCUCAUUACUAACGUCAUCCGAGGGAACCUGCUCCCAGAUGUGGCAGUGUGGGUGACAUCCAGGCCAGGGGUGGCCUCGCUCAUCCCUGGGGGACUGGUAGACAGGGUCACUGAGAUACCAGGAUUCAGCCCCACAGACAUCCAGAUUUUCCUGAACCACCACUUCUCCGAACAGGAUUUUGCCAGCAGGAUUUGGACACACUUGGAGUCCCACAAGAUCCUGAUGGUGAUGUGUUCCAUACCGUGCAUCUGCUGGAUGGUAGCUGAUACUUUGCUGUACAUCAUGCAGAGUGGAACACAGGAGAGCCUUCCAAGGACUUGCACUGAACUUUAUGCCCAUUUUUGUUCCAUGAAAGCAGAAGUAGGUGAGCCUAGAGGCAGAGAGCCCGUAAAAAUGGAGCAGUUUCACGGGACCAAUAGAAAACUGCUGGCAAACCUGGGACGAAUGGCUUUCUAUGGCCUACUGAAGCACAAGUACACCUUCAAUGAGCAGGACCUCAAGGCCUAUGGGAUAGAUUUACUGUUGACUCAAAGCAGUUUUGGUGCUGGGGUUCUGAUCCGAGUGGAGUCGGGCAUACACACGACAUACAGACUAACACACCUGACGGUGCAGGAGUUUCUUGCUGCUACUUUCUAUCAUGUUUCCUCCAAGAGGGCCAUCUUUGACCUGUUCUCAGAAAGCACCAUGACAUGGCCUAAGAUUGGCUUCCAAAACCACUUCAGAAGUGCCCUUCAACACUCACAGCAAGCUGAAGAUGGCCACUUGGAUGUGUUUGUGCGGUUCCUGACAGGCCUGUUGAGCCCAACAGCGCUCAAACCUCUCUCUGAACUCCUGACUCUGGGUAAAGAUGAUGGCAAUCAGAAGGUGUGGGCUGCGGGGUUUCUGCAAGGCCUCUUGGCCAGCGCGGGGGCUGUAGUUUCCCUUCGUUCGGUCAACCUGGCGUAUUGUUUACAGGAGCUGCAGCACACAGAGCAGCUCCGGAGCAUAGAAGAGGACUUGCGUGAUGGGAGCUUGGCUGGGAAGUUAACACGGCCUCACUGCGUGGUGCUCGGCUACCUGCUCCACGUGUCUCCAGAGUGCAGUGAACAGACCAACCUGACGGGCUGUCUGAACUACACCACGGUGAAAAGUUUACUGCCACAGCUGCUGUACUGUAGCCAUCUCAGGCUGGAGAGUAACAACCUGAAAGACGAUGUGAUGGAACUGCUCGGAAGCCUCUUGAGUGCCAAAGACUGCCACAUCCAGAAAAUAAGCUUGGCAGACAACGCUGUCAGCAGCAAAGGAGCUAAAGCCUUGAGUCGAGCCCUCCUGGUCAAUCGGACUCUAACAUCUCUCAACCUGCGGAACAACAACAUUGGAUCCAGAGGUGCAAAGUUUCUAGCAGAAGCGCUGAAAAUGAACCAAGUCCUGAUAUCAAUCAACCUGCAGAACAACGCCAUCGAGAAGGAAGGUGCACAAGCCCUUGCAGAGGUGCUGCAGUGCAACCGCAAACUGGUGUCUCUAAAUUUGAGGAAGAACACGGUUGGAGCAGCCGGAGCCAAAGGGAUUGCAGACGCACUGAAAACAAACCGAACUCUCACAAAGCUGAUCCUGUGCAGUAACCAGCUCGGGGACAAAGGAACAGCCGCUCUGGCCGAAGCGCUGACCUUGAACCACUCUCUGCUUUCACUUCACCUUCAAAGUAAUUCAAUCAGCGACAAGGGAAUGACAGUGCUGACCAAAGCCCUCAGGCUCAAUCGAGGCCUUGUCUUUUUGAAUCUAAGAGAGAACUCUAUUGGAGUGGAAGGAGCCAAAAACAUGGCCCAAGCUCUGCAGGAGAACAACUCUCUGCAGGACCUUGAUCUGACAGCCAACUUGCUACACGAUGAUGGGGUUCAAGCAAUCGCCAGGGCCAUCAGGAGCAAUCAAGGACUUACCUCUCUGCACCUCCAGUGGAAUUUUAUCAAGUCAACAGCCACCAAAGCUCUGGCUCAAGCACUCGCCUCCAACAACACAAUUCAGCUUUUAGACCUACAGGAAAAUGCUAUCGGUAACGAAGGCGUGAUUUUUCUAGCUGAUGCUCUGAAAAUCAACACAUCUCUGCGUACCCUGUGUCUGCAGGGAGUCUCAGCAGGUACGUGUGGCGCUGUUGCACUGGCAGAAGCUCUAAUGACCAAUCAAACUCUGCAGACAUUAGACCUGCGGGGGAACGCUGUAGGGAUGAAGGGAGCAAAGGCCCUGGCCAAUGCCAUGAAAUGCAACAGAAGCCUGAAAUCACUGAACCUGCAGGAAAACUCUCUGGGAAUGGAUGGAGCCAUUUUCAUUGCAACAGCUUUAAAGGGAAACCACCAACUGACAUACAUCAAUUUGCAAGGAAAUGGCAUUGGAGAAUCUGGAGCAAAGGUCAUAUCUGAUGCAAUAAGAGCCAGCGCCUCCGGCUGUGUGGUGGACAUCUAACUAAAGAAACUAAUGAUGAUUUAAUUCUACCAACAUCUAUAAACCAAACCUGCAUUACCUCUGAUGCGCUCAUGAAAGUGUGCCUGUGGAAAAAAAAUGUUUUUGUGGAGAAGCACUUUGAAUAUUCACUGUUUUGUGUGUUCAUUCGUUUAAAUGAAUCUUAAGAUGUAUAAAAGACGUCUAAAGCCAUGUUUGUAAUAAAAUUCAGCACAGGAAGCGAGUCUCAUGUCUAAAGAACAGAGACAAAAGAAACAGACAUUUUCUCAGAAUUCAGUAAGUAGAAGAUUAGAGUGAAUUGCUUUUAGCAUCUUUUUUACCCAAAACCUGAAUCUGAUACGGCCGUGUGCGAGACAGUGGGGAUCCACUUUUCUCAGCCUGUUUUCUGUGUAACUAUAAAAAAAACAAUAUUGUGUGAGCCGAGUGAGCACAUAGGUCUGACUGUGGGUGUAAAACUGGCGUCGUUAUGGGAACAAUUUAGCUGCAGUUUUGGGAACAUGCUGUGUACAUGAUGGCUAAAUCAUGGAUGUUUACCUCAAAGGUCAUGACUCAAUGGUUUCAACAAGCUGAGCGUAAUAUUUUAAAACAUGUCAAAAUGUGUUCUUCUCUGAGUGUAGUGUUUUAUUUUCUCAGAUUUAUUUGUUACUUAGUGUAUUUUUAUUUAUUUUCAGUUAGAUAAAAAAAACACUAGUCUUCAAAAUGACUUGUGCCUUUAAGCUUUUUAACGAAGCUGUUUAAUCAUGUUCUUUCUGAAUGCACUUAUCCAAAUGAAGUGUUCAAACCUGGAUUAGAAUUGCUGCAGAUGCUGUAACCAUUACUGUUCCCAGUCGGUCAUUUGCUGUCAUUUGUCUUUUACAGUUGUUUGUUGAUGGGGUAGAUUUUCUGUUUAAAUUUUAUUUUUGAAAUAAAAUUCAGUAUUCAGUUUGUGUUUUUCAAUAUAACUGUUUACAUGAAACACCAGUCCAGGCACCGUUGUUAACGCAAUAUUUCUGAGUCGCAUUGUAGUCACAAUGCAAAGUCCUGUUGAAACCUCAGUGUCAACUAUUAUAAAAUAAAACA